UUAGUUCGUGUAACGACUAGAAACCGCCUGGAACCUGGCGAUUUCUUCAUUUAAUAUACUCUCAAAUAUUCAACAUGGCUGACCAGUGCAGCUUAUUCUCGUAAGCUCUUUAACGGUCAAACAAGAGGUCGGACCUCAAAACCAACAGCAGAAUCGAAAGACAGAAUUAAAUUUUCUACAAGAAAGAACCAGUCACUUUUUUUCGUAUCUCUUACGGUUACGUCACAAAACGGCUUCAAAGUAAAAAUUUUCGUUAAGGCUGGAAAAUCGUGAAAGUUAACUCCCUGGCAUAAUCUAAUCUUGGACUUAACUUAUCACCAAAUUAUUAUUCAAGCAGAAAUUUGAUAACACGUCACUUAAGGGGCCUGGAGGCAUCGUAGCAUAGACGCUUAAAAGUAGCAAAUUCUUAAAAGUGCUAAACGGCGCAGUCUUUUCUCCCAAGUUGAAACAUUUAUAUAAUAUUGAUUAAAAAAAAAUGAGAGGAAAGUUAAAAUAUAAUCGCUGAACUCAUCACUUCAAAUUGCAGACCGUUCUUUGUGAUAGUGGUGGGGGAACCUACCUCUAGCCAUCCCCACUACUGUGACCGGGGAUGACCGCUUUCUACCUGAGGCGGUUGGACCCAGACCCCGUCAGUUGCCCGUUUGUCAGUAUCCAGGUGACAGUGGUUGAGUAGCGUUCUCGUUUUAAAGAAAGUGUACGCUUUAAAGAUAUCUUGUUAUUUUAAGAGUGUAGUUUUUACAGUGUUUUUAUAGAAUUAUAAGGCAGUGUGUCAUCAUGGGCCGACGCAAGAGUAACAGAAAGCCUCCUCCAAAAAGAAAGGCGGUUGUGCCCUUGCCAGUAGAGUUCAACUGCCCAUUCUGCAAUCACGAGGGAUCGUGUGAUGUGACGAUGGAUAGAGGACGUAGAUCUGGGAGGAUAGCGUGUCGAGUUUGUUUCGAGGACUUCCAGACAACCAUCCACUUCUUGACAGAGCCUAUUGACGUCUACAAUGAUUGGAUAGACGCGUGUGAGACUGCCAACUGAAUCCCCACUGCGUAUGCAUUGCGGUAAGAGACCUAAAUUAAAUUAGAUAUAGAUAAUAUUACGGCAAUUAUAAUUUCUGUGAAAUCAACUGUAUAUUUAGUUUGCAACCGUAAAAACAGAGAAAUAGACUUUUACAGCUGAAAAUGAUAUGAAGUUUAAUU